AAAUUUUAUUCUUGUUUUAAAAUAUUUUGGAAAUUUUUACUGUUAUCAGUUGUUAAAAAAAACUUGUUUACAUAACCUCCUCUUUUAUAGAAGGUUAUAGCGCAAUGUUUGAGCCAGUGUACCUCUUACCUUCAAAAAUAUUUAUAUUAUAAUGGGGACAAAAUUGAGGAAUGAUUACACUGAAAUUGAAGGCAGGAUAUGAGGUCCUCCUAUGAAGAAUGACCUCCCAGACACCAGGCGAAGGAAUUUCUGAAACAAGUUUUUCGCACAAUGAAGAAAAUCCUAUAAUUCAGACUGACGGAGCAGUUAAUUCAACGAGGGUUGAUGGAGAUCGUGGGAAUCUAGUUGAAAAUGGUGGUGAUUCUGUGGAUUGUGUGACUGGUAACACAGAUUACAGGAUCGUUUUUGUAAAUAGACCGCAACCAAGUCGAUUUCUCACAAAUCGUAUCACUACUGCCAAGUAUACACCACUUACAUUUUUACCUUCUUUCCUCUAUGAACAGUUUCGCCGCUAUUCCAACUGUUUCUUCCUUUUAAUCGCUCUCUUACAGCAAAUCCCCGAUGUUUCUCCCACAGGACGAUUUACUACUUUGGUCCCUCUUAUCUUCAUUCUCCUUGUCUCAGCCAUUAAAGAGAUCAUUGAAGAUUAUAAAAGGCACAGGGCUGAUGGUGAAACGAAUAAGAGGGAGAUAGAAGUACUGCGAGAUGGGAACUGGGAAUGGGUACAAUGGCAGACAAUCGUUGUUGGAGAUAUUGUAAAAGUGCACAAUAACAAUUUUUUUCCUGCCGAUCUCAUAGUUUUAGCAUCAAGUGAACCACAAGGAAUGUGCUACAUUGAAACAAUGAACUUGGAUGGUGAAACUAAUUUGAAAAUAAGACAGAGUUUGACUGAAACAUGCCAUCUACUUGACACUACCGCACUCAACAACUUGUAUGCAACUAUUGAAUGUGAACUUCCAAACAAAUUAGUUUACGAAUUUAAUGGAAAUCUUAAGGAACAAGGAAAGCCUGCAUUACCUCUUGGCCCAGAGAGAGUGUUACUAAGGGGAGCUAUGUUGAGGAACACCAGUUGGGUAUUCGGUGUGGUAAUUUAUACAGGACAUGAAACCAAAUUAUUGAUGAACUCCACACGUGCCCCCUUGAAAAGAUCGACUGUAGAUCGCAUUACUAACCAUCAAGUUCUUAUGCUGUUCUUUUUGUUGGUUCUUCUCUGUCUUAUUUCGGCUUUGUGCAAUGAACUCUGGACCAGACAGCAUUCACGUAAACAUUGGUACAUCGCACUCUCUGGUGCCGUUGGGAAGAAUUUUGCUUACAAUUUAUUGACAUUUAUUAUUCUGUAUAACAACCUUAUUCCUAUCUCUUUGCAAGUGACUUUAGAGGUUGUGAGAUUUGUUCAGGCAAUAUUUAUAAAUAUGGACGUAGAUAUGUAUCAUGAAGAAUCAGACACACCUGCUAUGGCUAGAACAUCAAAUUUGAACGAAGAAUUAGGAAUGGUUAAAUAUAUUUUUUCUGAUAAAACUGGGACCCUUACUCGAAAUGUAAUGGAAUUUAAAAGAUGUUCAGCUGCUGGAAAACUUUUUGAAGCACCCAUUGAUUUAGAUGUUUAUGAUAUCCCAAUGAUAAAGGCGUUAAAGGAAGGUGACGAGAAUUCAGACAUUAUUCGUGAAUUUCUUAUUCUUAUGUCAAUUUGUCAUACUGUGAUACCUGAGAAAACACAAUUUGAUGAAGUUAUUUAUCAUGCAUCAUCACCUGAUGAAAGAGCGCUUCUCCAAGGUGCAAGGAGCCUUGGAUUUGUGUUUGAUACUAGAACUCCAAACUCAGUCGAAGUAGAAAUGCUCGGUGUUCGUGAAAAAUAUGAGAUACUCAAUGUCAUCGAAUUCACAAGUGCUCGAAAAAGAAUGUCUAUUAUAUCAAGAACUCCCACUGGGAAAAUAAUUUUGUAUUGUAAAGGUGCUGAUUCUGUGAUUUAUGAGCGUUUAUCAAAGGAAGGACAAAAAUACAAAGAGGAAACGCUACAACACUUAGAAGAGUUCGCCACAGCUGGUUUAAGAACAUUAUGUUUUGCAAUGGCAGAAAUUUCACAACCUGAUUAUGAGGAUUGGCAAAAAAUUUAUCAUUCAGCUUGCACAUCAAUGAUAAAUCGAGAAAUGAAAGUAGAAGAAGCUGCCAAUUUAAUUGAAAAAGAUUUGAUUCUUCUUGGGGCAACGGCUGUUGAAGAUAGGCUUCAAGACAAGGUUCCUGAAACCAUUUCUGCAUUAUCGAAGGCUGGAAUAAAUAUCUGGGUUUUAACUGGUGAUAAGCAAGAAACUGCCAUUAACAUCGGUUAUUCUACAAAGCUCAUUGUUCAAGGGAUGCCUCUUAUAGUUAUUAAUGAGUCUUCUUUAGAUGCAGUGCGUGAAACAGUAUUGUUAAAUUUAAAUAAUAUUGAUGCUAAUGGUCAGUACGCAUUGGUUAUUGAUGGUCAAGCCUUAAGAUAUGCUCUUACGCCUGACGUCAAGUCAGACUUUCUUCAGUUAUGUAUAGCCUGUAAAUCAGUCAUCUGCUGUAGAGUUUCUCCCAUGCAAAAGGCAGAAGUUGUAGAAAUGGUUUCAAGUACCACAAAGGCAGUAACCCUUGCAAUCGGUGAUGGGGCCAAUGACGUAGCAAUGAUCCAGAAAGCUCAUGUUGGUGUCGGUAUAUCAGGUGUCGAAGGUCUUCAAGCAGCUUGUGCUUCUGAUUAUUCGAUAGCGCAGUUUCGUUUCCUAUUAAAACUGCUGUUUGUACAUGGAGCUUGGAACUACAGUCGAAUGUGUAAGCUUAUACUUUACAGUUUUUACAAGAAUAUCUGUUUAUAUGUCAUGGAGCUAUGGUUUGCUAUAUAUUCUGGUUGGUCUGGUCAAAUUUUGUUUGAAAGAUGGACUAUCGGUCUUUAUAAUGUUUUAUUUACUGCUGCUCCUCCAUUGGCAAUUGGUCUGUUUGACAAAGUUUGUUCAUCUGACACAAUGCUUCGUUAUCCAAAACUUUAUGGACAUCGAGAAGGCAGUUUUGGAGUUAAUAUUUUUUGGUUGUGGAUUGGAAAUGCUUUAGUUCAUUCCAUUUUACUUUUCUGGCUCCCUAUGUUGAGUGUCAAUCAUGAUAGUAUAUGGCCUUCAGGAAAAGAUGGAGGUUACUUAGUCCUCGGGAACUUAGUAUAUACAUAUGUAGUUGUUACUGUCUGUUUGAAAGCUGGUUUACAUAUGAACUUUUGGACUGUUAUCACUCACCUGGCCAUUUGGGGCUCUAUUUUGGCAUGGUUUGUUCUCAUUAUUGUGUACAGCCAUGUGUGGCCAAUUUUACCUAUCGGACCAGUCAUGACAGGGAUGGAUGUGAUGAUUUAUUCCUCGGUUGUCUUCUGGUGUGGAUUAAUAUUUGUUCCUGUUGUCACUCUCCUUCCUGAUCUUACUUUUAUAGUGGUUCAAAGGACUAUAUUCAAAUCAUUAACUGAAGCUGUUAGAGAAAGCGAGAUAAAGAAAAAAGAUCCAUCAGCAAUGUUGAUUGAGAGCAAGCCAUCCUGGCAUCAGACAUUUUCUAAUUUCUACAGUUGGGUUAUAACAUUAGAUUGAGUUUGAAGAAAUUUGGAUUAGCUACAGAGGAUUCGUUUGAAUUAAAUAUUCUUUUAAACUGGAAAAUCAAAUUGCUGAUCCUCACCUAUUUCCAUGGCCAAAGCUCACUGCUUUUAACUUGAGCUUUAUUUCAGUUUGAAGGAGAAAAUUUUAAUUAUUAUUACCAGCUUGUAAUUAUUAACUAAUAAAACUUUUUAAUUAUUGUCUGUGUUACAUUUCUUGCAUUUCUGAUUUAACAAUUAU